AUGUCAACAUCAAAUAUAAAUACUUCCUCAGUUCAAUUCUUAGAUGAAUUAAAUUUCAAGAAUUUCGAAAUCUAUAAUGGCAAUAAGAAUCUCAACAAUAAUUUUCAAAACAAUAAUAGGAAACUUCUUCUUAGCACUUUGUUAAGCACAAUGAAUCGUAAGAAACAACUAAAGAAUGACUAUUCAUUGUUUAAUUUAAUUAUCCACUUAAACAACUUUUUCAGGAAUUAUGAUUUAAAAAAACAUUAUCUCUUGAAAAUGGACCCCAUAAGUUUAUAUAAUGAAAUUAAUCUUAUUUUUGCAGGUUUUCAUGUUUUGGAAUCGUUACAAAGUUUGACACCUGGAACCUCUAUUAUGAUGAUGCUCAUCAUAUCGAUAUGGUUAUAUCAAUUCAACUAUGAUAUAGGACCAUAUCAUCUUACCAGCAGUUGCAACCGAGCUCUCAAAGGUGAAUACCGUAGAACUCUACUCUCGAUAUUUUCACACAGUGGACUAAUUCAUUUAGUAUUGAAUUGUGUUUCACUAAUUGACCUGAAAUCAAUUGAAGAAACGGAGGGAUCAUUCAGAUAUUUACAAUACACAUUCAUGUUAAUCAUUACAUGCGUGGUUGUUGAAAUUAUAAUCUCAAAGCAACUAUCUGGCAAUGGUCAAAGACUGAUGGAUGUUGAGUCGCUCGGAUAUUCUGGUGUCUUGUUUGGUCUGUUGGUCAUUUCAACCUUUCGAUACGGAAUAAUGUCAUCUGCUAGAACUGCAUUGUAUUCAUUAAUCAUUACCCAGAUUUUCAACCGAAAUGCACAUUUUAUUGGUCACUUGGCUGGAAUUGUUGCCGGUGCAAUCAUCUCAGCCUCUUCAUACUUUAAAGUCUUCGAUCUAUACUUUUAUUCGGUGUUAAUUCUUACAAUGAUAUUGACCUACCAGAAUUCGUCAUCAGGUAAUCUAUUGGAAAUAUUAUCAUCUUUAAAUCCUUUUCAAUCAAGAAGAAGAAUAGUUAAUGGUGUCAUUGUUUCAAGAUACUAA